AUGUCUUCUAAAAGUGAAAAAGAUCGCGCCAAACAGAUUCAGGACAGAUGUCAGAAUAUAUUAAUACAAAUGUUGAAGGAUGAAGACAAUAAAUAUUGUGUUGACUGCGAUGCUAAAGGACCCCGCUGGGCGUCAUGGAACCUAGGUAUAUUUUUAUGCAUCAGGUGUGCUGGCAUACACCGUAACUUGGGGGUCCACAUUUCUAAGGUGAAGAGUGUCAAUCUUGAUUCCUGGACACCCGAACAAGUCGUUUCCCUCCAACAAAUGGGCAACUCUCGCGCCCGAGCAGUCUAUGAAGCGAACUUGCCAGACUCAUUCCGAAGGCCGCAAAAUGACUCUUCUCUAGAAGCAUUUAUUAGGGCCAAGUAUGAGCAGAAAAAAUACAUCGCCAAGGAAUGGGUGCCACCUCCAGCACCGAAGGUUAACUGGGAUAAAGAAAUUGAUGAAGAACUAGAAAAACAAAAAAGGAAAAAGAAGGCCACCAGUUCUGGGCUAGGGCCCCUCCCAGCUCCGAUUAGCGGUGACAAAAAAUAUAACAAGUCGGAUGUCAUACCCAGUUUGCCGAAGCCGAAAUCUUCGGUUAGUCCCAAAUUGGGCAGAUCAACUCCACCUACCACUCAACCAGAACCAAGUAAGACAUCCAAUGGCUCAGCAGACCUCCUUGGUCUAGACACAGGUAAACCAGACCAGAAGUCAGCCAACGACGACAUUUUCUCCAGCUUCUUCUCUGCACCACAGGAAAAGCUACCCGAAGUAAAACCCGAAGAAUUAAAGCCAGAUUUAAAGACUGAAGAAGAAAACUUCUUUAAACAGGCAGCCCCAACGGAGAAGGAAAAGUCAAAAUUAACAAAAGACAGUAUAUUGGCAUUAUACAGUCAAACGCCAUCAACUAAUUUAGUAAACCAAUUCAAUCCAGUCCAGCCGGUUCAGCCAGUUCAACCUGUGUCCUACCCACCUUUCGGAAAUGUAUUUCAGCAACAGAACUUUAGCAGUAUACCUGUACAGAAUGGAAUGCAGCCAUUUAAUCAAUUCCAGCAGAUGAACCAAUUUCAGCAGCCAUUCGUUAGUCAGGUUCAACAACCAAUACAGAAUCAACCGUUCCAAAAUACUCAGUUCUUCAACCAACCCCAACAGCCAUUGUCACAACAGUUCAACAGUCUCACCUUAGGCCAGAGUUUCCCUAACGCAUUUGCGCAACCGAACACAAAUGUUACCAGCAACACCACAUGGCAGUAA